CGCACAUUUACAUACCCAUCACUUUACUUUUCAGGCAUGGAGGGACAUGUGGAUCUCACGUCAAAGCAGUUCCAGCGGCACAAGCUAUUUGGCAAGGAACUGCCCCUGCUCAUGUACGGAUUCGGCGACGUUAUUUCGCCGCUCCCUGAAAGCGUCAACGUCCUGGAAGACAUCUUGGUUGACUACAUCAACGACACAUGCAUCCAGGCAGCAAAGGCUGCUGGUAAGCGCGGACGGGUGACUGUCGAGGACUUUAAGUUUGCACUGCGCAAGGAUCCGAAGAAGCUGGCCAGAGUGGAGGAGCUCAUCGCUAUGAAUAAGGAGAUUGAGACCGCGCGCUCGCUGUUCUAGAGACACUAUACUAUGGGAUACUUUUAUACACUACCCCUGCGAAACACCGAAGGCUGGAGGUGAAGUACCAUAUCCACUGUAAAAAUACCUAUCUAGUCGUCUUCACCCGGAAUAAAUCGCGUCUAUAUGUAGUGGGCGCUUAAUGUCUUGGCCCGAUAUUUUACAGGCUGGUAGUGGGCGAAGGCUACGAGUAGGCUUCAGGCACAAAAGCGUGCUUCUGCUUUUUGGGUCUCUGUCUCUGGACUACAAGCCUGUCCUUGGUGGCCGAAGUAUCAUUCGCCAGCAUUAAAGACAGUAAGCUAUUUCAGUUGACAUGGGGCUCACAGCCG